AUGUGGGAAUUCCGCUCUUUCUCCUUCUGGAGAGCAGUUUUUGCGGAGUUCUUUGCUACCAUGUUCUACGUUUUCUUUGGCUUAGGUGCAUCUCUGAAGUGGGCAGCUGGUCCAGCAAAUGUAUUACAAAUUGCAUUAGCAUUUGGUCUUGCCCUGGCCACUAUGGUCCAAUCUGUUGGCCAUGUCAGCGGUGCUCAUAUUAACCCAGCUGUCACCUUUGCCUUCCUCAUUGGCUCACAGAUGUCCCUUUUCCGUGCCAUUUUUUACAUCGCAGCACAAUUGCUGGGAGCGGUGGCUGGAGCAGCCGUUCUGUAUGGCGUCACUCCUGCAGCAAUCCGUGGCAACAUGGCUCUUAACACGAUUCAUCCUGGUGUGAGCCUUGGCCAAGCAACAACUGUAGAGAUUUUCCUCACCUUGCAGUUUGUGAUUUGUAUCUUUGCCACCUAUGAUGAGAGGAGGAAUGGGCGUCUUGGCUCUGUGUCUUUGGCUAUUGGAUUCUCCCUCACCUUGGGGCACCUCUUUGGGCUAUAUUAUACUGGAGCCAGUAUGAACCCUGCAAGGUCAUUUGCCCCAGCAGUGCUUACCAGAAACUUCACCAACCACUGGGUCUACUGGGUUGGUCCCAUCAUUGGUGGAGCACUUGGAGGUCUGAUAUAUGAUUUCAUCCUCUUUCCAAGGAUGAGAGGGCUGUCCGAGAGACUUUCAAUCCUUAAAGGAGCACGGCCUGCAGAGCCUGAAGGCCAGCAAGAAGCAACGGGCGAGCCUAUAGAGUUGAAAACACAAUCCCUAUAAAUAAAACCUCUGCACAGUCAUAUAGCAACACAGAAGCAUUCACACACAUACACAA